CUUCCAUCUCACCGACUCGCCCAACAAAACUUUCAAAUUCCUUCAAGGCCUAUGUUCCUCGGAGUGUUCUUACUCUUUGAUUGACGCAAGAUUGGAAAGAUUUGAUUUUUCCGAGGAAACAGAGGAGGAAAAGAAAAAGCAGGGGAUUUAUGUCGUCUCUGCCUGAUUCUAUUGAAUUUGGAGCUCUGAACAAGCUCUGGUUAUUCUUUCAUUCUCAGUUCAUUGCUUUCUCUCUCUGUUACACCUUGUGCACGCAAUCCCAAUUUCUACAGCAACCCAACAAGCCCGAUUUCUUUUCUACUUCCAAGAAAUUGAAAUCAAACGGAAUAUGUAUCGGAUGGAGUUCCUCUGUGAUUGGUUAACAAAAAAAUAUUUUCUUCCCAUUUCUGGGUUUAAGGGGUUUUAAUCGGUUUUGGGGUUUUCUCGAUACUCAAGUCUGUCAAAGAUUUGGUUUCCUCUUUCCGUUUUCAUCUCCCUGUUACCUCCAUUCAAUUUGGAAAAUUUGUUUCCCCUGUGAGAAUCUGUUCUUCCUUACCCUAUAUAAACCCAGAUAUUGCUCAGAGAUAGCAUUCCAUUCUUGAAAACAUGAUUUUCAAAAAAGAGGCAGAGCUGGAAUUGAAUCCAGCGAGAAAAGUCAGAAUCAUAUACAGUGAUCCUGAUGCUACUGAUGAUUCUUCAAGCGAAGAAGAAGAUGUUGAUUGUUAUGGCGAGUCUGCCGGUAACCAGACGAAGAAAUCAGUUCGCUAUGUCAAGGAGAUCUCUCUUCAAAAUUUACCGUAUGAAUGUGCAGAAAAUUGUCCAGGCUUGAAUGACACUGGAACCAAGCGUCGGCGUCUUUUUCCAAGGGGGGUUCGGAAAAGGAAGUGGGGGAAAUACGCGGCGGAGAUCAGGAAUCCGCUUCAGAAGAAUAGGGAGUGGCUUGGAACUUUCGAUACAGAAGAGGAGGCUGCUCUGGCUUAUAGGAGGAGGAAGAUGGAGUUUGAGGAAAUGAUGGCGGUGGAGAAGAAGAAGACCGUAGCUGGUUCUGAGGAUAUCACCAAUAGACUAUUCUCUCACCCAUCUCCUUCUUCAGUAUUGGACAAUUCUGCCUCGGCUCUGUUGGAUGGUGCAGCCGAGUAUCCCAUCGAGGAGAAUCCGGCCAAGCAGAGGACCAUCAAAGUGUACAAGUGGCAUAAAACUGUGAAGGAAUACAAGAUUGUAAAAGAGGUAGCAUGUGAAGAUUCUACUGAGGAGGAAUCCGUGAUUGGUUUAUGGGAAAAUCCGACCAGUUCACAGUAUCUUUCCGACAUAUGGAAGGAUGAAAUCAUCAUACCGAAGGUGGAGUUCCAAUUCCCAGAAAUGGUGCAGCAGGGGAAUGAGCUGGGGCAGUACUUUGGUUUUGUGAAUCAAGAGAAUGAAUUUGGGCACGUGGAUAUGUAUGGGGAGGAAUUGAGACAUUUAGAAGAGAAUGGAAAUUAUGGGGGUUUUGAUUUUGCUGCUGUGAGUGAAUUGGAUUUGGAUACACAGGAUGUUGCUUGGAUUGAUGAUAUUCUAAAUUUGGACUGCUAGUAAGUUUUGGGGUUUGGGGAUUACUAGCACUUUCUAUAUAUGAAUGAAUAGAAAAAAUAAAAAUUCUGAAACUUCAUCGAGGUAGAAGAGAUUUAUUGUUUAGGUGAGACGAGGGAGUUCUUGGGUUUUCUUUGAUUGAUAGAGGGAGAUAAUCCAAAAUUUUGUAGACUCUCCUGGUGAUUGUUUUGAUAUUAAUAAAAUGAGUUUUUUUUA